UGCAUCUCCUGUAUUGCAGGUUGAUUUUUUAUCACUGAGCCAUCAGGGAAGCCCCUUUAUGUUUCUGAAAGUAUACUUUUGCGGUUCAGUCUGAGACUUCUUCGACAAGCUCUAGGUCUUGAAGACUUUCUCUGUCUUUCUGCGCCAGUUGCUGUGAUCACAUGGCUUUUCUUGCUUAGCCUGUGGAGGGUGGAUCACACUGAUGUUUGAACUCUGAGCAGCCCCAAGUCCCUGAAAUGACCCAAGCGGCUUUGGGGCUUGUUCCUCGUGUGUCUGGAUUUCUGCUUAUAGGAUGAAGACCUGAGUUUCUCAUGCUUUCCUGGAGGGCUUGCUGCUUUCGGGUGCGUGUGGGAAGCUGGGGAGUCAGCCGGAUAGUGAAGGGAUGAGCUGGAGCCUGAGGUCUCGAGUGAGGGCCCAAGACCAGAUGGUCUCACUUGGAGGAGGGGAGGCUGAGGGGGAAGGACAGCAACUCUCUUUGGUGUGUUUCAUUUCCCGUGUCCUCCCCAUCUGUCCUCCCCACUGCCACCUUAAGUGUGGGGGGCCAGCCCCCAGGCCUGGAGCACUGGGCUGGUGGCUGUCGGGGCAGGGGAAAGAGGCGGUUUCCCAGAGGCUGUGCUCCAAGGCCUGGUGGCCUCUUUGUUUGUCCCCUUCGGUGGCAGUCGUGAGUGACAUCAGCCGCUUCCUGAGCGUGUUCCAGGAGCCACACGCGGGCGUCAUCCAGGCUGCCCGGCAGCUGCUGUCAGACGAAAAGGCCCCACUGCGGCAGAAGCUGCUGGCCGACCUGCUGGGCACCGUCAGCGAGAACAUCACGGCCGAGACCAGGGCUGAGGACCCGCCGUGGUUUGAAGGCUUGGAGUCCCGGUUUAGGAGCAAGUCUGGCUAUCUGAGAUACAGCUGCGAGAGCCGGAUCCGGAGCUACUUGAGAGAGGUGACCUCUGGCGCCUCCCUGGUGGGCGCAGAGGCUCGUGAGGAGUACCUGCGGCUCGUGGGCUCCAUGCAGCAGAAGCUCCAGGCCGCCCAGUACAACAGCAGCUACUUCGACCGAGGGGCAAAGGCCGACCGCCGGCUCUGCACCCCCGAAGGCUGGUUCUCCUGCCAGGGUCCUUUUGACGUGGACGACUGUAUCUCCAGACACUCCAUCAACCCCUACAGUAACCGGGAGAGCCGUGUCCUCUUCAGCACCUGGAACCUGGACCACGUGUGGAUUCUUUGUCGUCUGAGCCACCAGGUGUAGAGGUAGGCAUGUGUCUUCAGUUGCUGCCGGAUUCCUGGCUGCCUCUCCGGGUGCCUGUUCACUGCCGCAGUCACUCACGACUCCUCUGAGCCUGCAUGGUGUGAGUGUUUGUAGACUCAGAUCCACAUGGCCUCAGAUAUGCACGGCUGGAUUUAAGCUGAUCUGCUACUCCCAGCCCGUCCUGUUAACCUUGACAUGUCCUUUGGUCUGAGGGCUGUCCCACUGGCCAUGUUAUUGCUCUUAUUCCCAUGGGUUCGAGACGGUCUCAUCUGAGCUGACAGCUGCCAGCUUUGCCUGUGUGGUGAGGCUCAGUCAGAGGCUCUCAGAUAACUGCGUGUUGAUUCCUUGCUGGCAGCUUCCAUACCACCUGCAGCGGUAUGUGGUUGGAUGUAUGGAAGUUGGAUGUGUGUCUGCAUGAGAGGUGGGCUGAGGGGCCUGGUUUUCCACAUGACUGGAGGUUCACAGGGUGCAGAUGGCGCCCUGAGCACAGAAGUUACAAUCCUUACCUCGAGCCUCCUUCCCACCCCCACAUUACAUCUACUUGGCCAGCUGCUCCAGCAGACAGGGAGCCAGGGAGGCCUGGUGCGGGCUCACACAUGGGUACGUCCUCUUUGAAUGCCAUCAUCACCGCUCGAGGAAGCCCAACCCGACCUGCAGGGAGGAUGAAAGACCCUGUGGGGAGAAGGGCCAGCCCCCAGCCAGCCCAGCAGCAGAGCACAGCCCUGAGAGUGGCCCACCCCCAGAACCACUAAGGUGGGGUUGGUAAUUCAUACAGAGGCUUUUCCUUCCUCCUCCCGAAGACCCAGACCCUUGACAGCUUUUCUGUGCCUCCUCUAAUGUCCAGGGUGGGGGUCUCAGCCCUACUUCUCCUGGCUUUUGGGGCCCCUGGGACCCCAGCAGACUGGAACCCUGGUGGGUUGUGGAGUGCAGUGCAGUCCUGUGGUCCAGCCAUGGUUUCUGUGUCUACAGAGGGAGCCACCUUCUUUAUUUUAUUCCCAGAUACUUACUCAUUGUUGCUCAGCAUUUCUGUGUCGUGGGGACAGGGCCCUCUGUGCCAGUUUGGUGGCCCCCAGCCCCCAGCUUUGCGGUUUCUGGUCCUAUCUCUUCAGUGUACAAGCUUCUCCACUGGGUCUAUAAGGUCUUUUGAACUGUUAUUUAUACAUGAAAUUGGGUCACAUAAAGCGAUGUCAUAGUUGUUUUAAAUGGACACACGUGUCUGCAGAUAAGAUUAUAGGAUGAGGUCUGGAAAGGCAGAUGUCAGACCCUUAACAGGGAUUGUCUCUGGGAAGUGAGAUUAAAGGCUGCAGUUGGAAGUGACUGUAGCUUUGUUGUAAGGUUCUAUUUAAAAAAUGUUCAUGUAUCAUCCUGAAAUUUUUUAGUGAAUUUGCACAUAGAUAAAGUGUGAGCUAAGGAAGUCAAGAAUGUUGUUGUUCAUGUGAUGGGACUAUGCUUGACUCUCAUUUUUUCCAGUGUACUUCUCAGUAUUUUAACUAGGCACCAUCUACUUUGUACAACAUGAGAUGGCUGGGUGGCUGGCCCAGUGGGCGGGGGCCAUGUAGAGCGAUGGUGCCCCUGUCAGUCUGUGAAGGGGUGUCCCCAGCGUAUGUCGGUGGCUGCCGGGUGAGCCCGUUCCCAGCGCCCACCCGCCUCCGGCUGUGAUGGUCCGAGGGUGGCUCCUCUGCAGAGCUUCACCCUCCCCACCUGUCUCUCGGGAAGCAGCCAAAUCUUGUUUGAUGGCUCAGCCGAGUAGACACGUUGUCCACCCAUCUCUGUGGUUUAGCAGAAGAUGAGGCGCUCACUAAAUGGGGGCAGGUGGCGGGGGCAUCGUGACGACAGAAGACGACGUCCCUAAACUUGCUUUACAGAAUAGAAAAGAAGCGUGCGGUUGUGCCCGCGCUGGCUGCGGCCGUCCACGACGCAGAGGGGAGAGAGGUGGACUGGGAGUACUUCUACCGC